AUGGAUAUUUUGUCAGUAAUUUUUGCGAGUGGUGGUGAGGAUAGCGACGAGGAGAAGGAUCGCAUGGGCAAUGUUGAUGAGAUGAGCGAGCCCCCUGCCGUCUCUGUGUCGUUCAAUCCGGGCCCGGAUGUCAAACCACCACCGGCGAAUGCCUACCUUCAGACCCAGAGAAAUAAACCGAAAGACACAGACGAAGGAAAACAAAAACAAAAAAAGAAGGGUUCCAAGGGUGGCGCGCCGGUUUCUUUUGAUGUAGACGAGGAUGGUGGAGAGUCAUUUUCGCUCACUGGAUAG